UCAAAGCGCACGGAACACACACACUCCCAGCAGCGCUAGCCUCACGCGGCCCCACUUGGUGCACUUAUAUAUAAACACGCGCUUUGUCUUCGGCUUUUGCGGCCAGAGUCGAGCGCGCAGCUGUAGGGUUCGGCCGCGCGCGCGGGCGGGCAGGGAGGGAGGGAAGGAAGGAAGGAAGGAAGGAAGGAAGGCAGCAGGGAAGGAAGGAGGGAAGGAAGGCGGGAACGGCAGAAGUUCUCGCGACGAGCGCGCGGACACUCGCGCAGAAGUGUAGAAGUUGGUGAGAGGAGCGCCGAGCGAGGAGCUCCGAGGGAGACUCACGAAAAGCGACGCACGGGGUCACAGACCGGGCCACGAGGCGGCCGAGGGACGGCGGAGGAGCCGCGAACACAAACAAAUACUUGACUGAUGAGCGGGGCCACGAGGGAAACGCGCAACUCUCUUCCGGUUAAUCUGUGCAGCUCUAUCCAAGAUGGCUCGGCGAAUAAAAAAAAACAGAAAGUCUUAUCGCACCUCUUCAAGUCGCGCACAGAAGGUGUCUCCGCUCCUCAAUGAGACGCUGAGGAAUGAGAAGCUGCCAUGGAAGCCCAGUCGCAGGUCAGUUCCGCAGCUGAGAAGAAGAAGAGGGUAGAGACCAUGGGGGCUGCCAAAGGCCCUUCCGGCCGUGGCGAUGUCAGCGAGAAAGCCGUGGCUUCCAGCACAACGUCCAACGAGGACGAGAGCCCAGGACCCCCAUGCCACCGCGAGCGCCGUAACGCCAUCACGGGCGGAGGCAAGCUGAGCGAGGAGCCCUCCACUUCCACAGAGGAGCGGCCCCCGCUGGUGAAGAAAGAGAUGCACAGCUCUGUGCCCCACCUGGCGGAGCACGCGCUGCCCUACCGUGGCACGUUCUUUGCGGACCCCCAGUACCUCGACUCCCACUAUCCCACACCUCAGUUCUUCCCCGCCUUCCACCCGCCAGUACCCAUCGACGAGCGCCACGCCCAGGGGCGAUACAUCUACGACCCGUCGCCUAUGCCCCCCCUGCAUGUGCCUCCCGCUUUGGCUGGAAGCCCGGCGUUCUCGGACAUUUCCCUCAUCCGGAUAUCACCUCACCGCACCCCUUCUGUGGGGGCAGAAUCGCCGUUCAACCCACCGCACCCAUACAUGAACCCUUACAUGGACUACAUCCGCUCCCUGCACAGCAGCCCCUCGCUAUCCAUGAUCUCCGCAGCCCGUGGACUCAGCCCAGCCGAUUGUGAGUACAAUUCACCACAUACUGGUUUAACCACAGCAGAGUACUACCACCAGAUGGCGCUACUGACAGGCCACCGGAGCCCAUAUGCUGACCUCAUCCCGUCAGUGGCGUCGACGGCAGGGGCGGGUGCCGGCACCCUACACAUGGAGUACCUACAGGCCAUGGAGGGCUCCCGCUUCCCCAGCCCCAGGCUAUCUGGCAGACCAAGUCGGAAGCGCGCACUGCCUCCCUCCCCACUGUCAGAGCACAGCUUUGACCUGCAGGCCAUGAUCCGCAACUCGCCCAACUCGUUGAUCACCAUCCUAAACAACUCACGGUCCAGCUCAUCUGCGGGAGGCUCCUAUGGGCACCUGUCUGCUGGAACUCUCAGCCCGCUCAGCUUCGCCUACCCGUCAACCCCGAUGGCAUUGCAGAUGCACCAGCAGCUGAUUGGACGGCAGCCUGGCAUGGUCGGUUCGGCGUUCGGCCACAGUCCACCGCUCAUCCAUCCGGCACCUGCCUUUGCCACCCACCGACCAAUCCCAGGCAUUAUACCUUCAGGUUUGGGUAGCACAGAGCGCAGUGCAGCCCCCACAGACUCCUCCCAGAACAAACCCACCAGUGAAUCUGCAGUGAGCAGCACGGGUGACCCCAUGAACCACAAGCGCUCCAAGAUGAAGCCUGAUGAGGAGAUGCCCAGUCCAGGGGCAGGGAGCUUGCAGGAGCAGCCCGAAGGGGUGACCCUGGUGAAGGAAGAGGGUGACAAAGACGAGGGCAAGCAGGAGCCAGAGGUGGUUUAUGAGACCAACUGCCACUGGGAAGGUUGCUGCCGCGAGUUUGACACGCAAGAGCAACUGGUGCACCACAUCAACAAUGAGCACAUCCACGGGGAGAAGAAGGAGUUUGUGUGCCGCUGGGAGGAGUGCUCGCGGGAGCAGAAGCCCUUCAAGGCCCAGUACAUGCUGGUGGUGCACAUGCGACGACAUACAGGGGAGAAGCCGCACAAGUGCACGUUCGAGGGAUGCGCCAAGGCCUACUCGCGCCUGGAGAACCUGAAGACCCACCUGCGCUCGCACACUGGGGAGAAGCCCUACGUGUGCGAGCACGAGGGCUGCAACAAGGCCUUCUCCAACGCUUCGGACCGCGCCAAGCACCAGAACCGCACGCAUUCCAAUGAGAAACCGUAUGUCUGCAAGAUCCCAGGCUGCACAAAGCGCUACACGGACCCCAGCUCCCUGCGCAAGCACGUCAAGACCGUUCAUGGGCCCGAGGCCCACGUCACUAAGAAACAGAGAGGCGACACACACCCCCGACCCCCUGCGCAGCCCCGGGAUCCUGGGGCCAACGGCACAGGCCGGUCGCCAGGCCAGCAGAGCCUCGGGGGCUAUGCUGAUCAAAGGGACUACACGCAUACCUCAAAACCAGACGAGCGUCUGCAGGUCAAAUCCAUCAAGACCGAGAAGCCUAUGGCGCCUCAGCCAAGCCCUGGCAGUCAGUCUACAUGCAGCAGUGAGCAGUCCCCCAUCGGCACCCAUCCCGACGGUGCAGUCCAGUUUACUGUGAGCUGGGGAGGCACCGCAGUGCGGGAGGACAGGGACCGAGAGGUAGAGCUGGAGCAGGAGGAGGAGGAGGAGGAGGAGGAGGAGGGGGAGGAGGACCCCGUCAUGGAUUCCACCAUUUCUACCGGCACCUCGGCUGCGGCUAUUUUGCGGGCCCGCUGCCCUCUGGCACGCCCGCUGCGCUGGAUGGAGCGCGUCAAAAUGGAGAGGCUCCAGCAAGUCAACAGCGCAUUCCCCCGGCUCAUCCCGCACUCCCCCACGGCGACCCCCAAAGGCCCUUCUCUUCCUCCCAUCGUAGGAAGCGGCUCGUACCCAGGCCGGAGUGGGGGGGUGCUGCCGGGUGCUGAGAUGACGGUGCUGAGCCUGCUGAAGGAGCGACGGGACAGCGAGGGGAGCGCAGCCAGCUCCGCCUACUUGAGCUCCAGCCGCCGGUCCUCUGGCGUGUCCCCGUGCCUCUCCAGCCGGCGCUCCAGCCAGGCCUCCCAGUGCGAGGUGGGCCUUCAUCGGCGCCAGCACAACCUCAGCUCCACGGACUCCUACGACCCCAUCUCCACUGAUGCCUCCCGGCGUUCUAGUGAAGCCAGCCAGUGUGGUGGAGGUGGAAGCCUGUGGAAUGGAGGGGGUGUGAGCGGGGGCUCGGCGGGGAUGCUCAACCUCACCCCGGUGCAGCACUACCGCCUGAGGGCAAAGUAUGCGGCUGCCACUGGUGGGCCGCCCCCCACUCCACUACCCAACAUGGAGCAGAUGAGCCUGAAGAACCGAAUGGCAGUGAUGGGGGACUACCAGCAAGGGAGUGACCAUAUGCUGCCCCCGCUGGUGUCUCCCCGCCGGUGCGGUGAUGGCAACGCUACUCGGCCCAGUGGGUGUGGGGGAUGUGGCCGCGCAAGCUUCUUUUCCCAAAAGGCUGCGGGACGCGCCGAAAGGAGGGCCAGUGACCCUGUGCGGACGUGGUCAUCAGAGUUCAUUCCUCUGCCCCAGAUCCAACGCUUCAGCAGUCUCAGCCAUGUGCACCCCCUGCCCCCGCUGGCUGGUGCACAGUUCCCUCCAGAGACACAGAGCCUGAGCCUCCAGAACCACGCAUCUUCCGAUAGAAACCUGCGGCAUGGCGUCUUCUUGCCCUGUCCACCCAGCAUCAGCGAACACCAUGUGCUGGAGGUUCGGGAUAUGAAGGAAGCCAAUGAGGGCCCACAGCCCAGCAAAGAGGACGUGCUGCCCGAUGAAUUGGUGCAGUACCUUAGGUCCCGGGAGCAGCCCACAAUGGGCAUUGGCUAUGACUUAGAAGAAGAUCAUUCCCUAUAUUCCCAGCUCCCAGGGAACCCAGAGGUCUCAGUGUUGCUGAAAAGGCCCUCACUGAACCAGGCCUUCCAGAGCCCAGAGCAGCAGGAGGCAACGGGAAGUUCCAGUGAAGACAGACCCAUCCAGUGGAAUGAGGUCAGUUCGGGAAGCACUGAAAAGUUACCACAGAAUCAGCAGCAGAACUGUGGCCAGUGGCCAAAAACGGAGCAAGGCUCCAGUAGCCAGCAAUUUGGGACUUUUGGUAAUACGAUGGUCCAGCACCAGCAUCAGCUGUCAUCAGGUGGGUCCAUGGGCCUUCAAGACAGAUGUGGCCUACAGCAAAAUGGCUUACAGCCAAUUAGCACCAUGCAUGGAACUUCUAGCAGUCAAGAAGUAGGAGUGGAAUUUCUGCACAGACAAACUGUGAGGUCAGGAGAGCAACAUCAGUGCAUAGCCAAUUUGGGGAAGGUUCAAAUAUUUUCAAGUUCUUAUCCUGGGAUGCUAAAGAAUGGGUCACCCUUGACUCACAGUUUCGCCUCUCCUGAUGUCUCCAAAACAAUAUCUGGAUCAGCACGGCUACUCGGCCAGUUCCCGCAGCAAUACAUCAAGCAAAAUCAUGCUCCAAAUGUAGAAGAGACCACCGGUUCACUCUUCCAAAGUGCCGAUCUAGACAACCUGUCCCAAGCCGCAGCACUCAAUGUCCACUCCCAGAUGCACCGUGUCCAUAAGCCAGUCAGCGAGGGAUACGAUCCCACUAAACAGCAGCAACACUAUCAUGUCACGAAAAAUAGCGACAACCCCAUCCUCACUCAACAAGAAUGUUUGAAGAAUGGAAAUGGAACAAAUGGUUCCCUCUCCAGCCAGGUCUCCCAGCUGAAGCUGGAUGCUCCAGACAAUCUCCAAGUGCACUCCUGUACUGAGAUGCAACAGAAAAAUGGCUUCCUCAAGCAAGGCUUUGAUGAUCAUCACACGUCCUAUGAGCCAGCUGAAAUCAAGGCACCCUCUUUCCCUGCUCCCAAGGACCACCGCCUCCUUGAAACGAUGGCCGGCGGAUCGGUGGCAACAGAUGACUCUGUCCUCCUCUCCCCAGGGUCAGAUCAAGUGACCAGCACGAUGGACAGUGGUGCUGGGAUCCCAGACAACAUGCUGCUGGACUUUGACGCCAUCCUGGAGGACUGCUUUGACCAGGACAGCUUGAUGUCAGGGGUCUUCAGCCCCAGCAUCCUGCAGAACCUCUCACGAAACUCGUCCCGACUCACAACGCCGCGCGCUCCAAUGACAUCCCAAAGCAUGCCUACUGGACACAGCAACAUGGCAAUAGGGGACAUGAGCUCCCUUCUCACCAACCUGGUGGAGGAGAGCAAGUUCCUGGCUGUCAUGCACUAGUCAUCUUGUCCAAUGUGCGAAGGGUGAGGAAACAAAAAGUCCCUACAGUGUGUGAAAAAUAUCAAGAAUUGGAACUGAAAUGCAUUUAUUUUGUAUUCAUCUCAUCCCUCGGAAUCGGGGAUGUGGCACUCAUGUAUUCCUUUUCUGGAAUGAAGGCUAUUUUUUGAAGUGCUCUUUUUCUAUCGCUAUAUGUUCAUGACAUAGGGUGACGCUCUUGUCUUCUACCCAUGAUUUUUUUUUUUCUCCUGUAAACUGAUCGUAUAAAUGCAUGCAGUAAAUCGAUUUGGUCAUUAUUAGUAAGUAUUCCAGUAAAGUUACCAGUGCUUCUACCAGUGCACUAUUGAUUAAUGGUAAAAAAAAAAAAAAAUACAUGGAUACCUGCUUAAAAAGCCUCAAGUCAGCAGGUUAAAAAACGGGUUUGCUUACAAAUUUGACUGGUCCAAAUGUUAUGUACAUGUUAUCUGGAUUAAUUUGUUUUGUUUUCUAGUGGUUCUCGUUUUUUGUUGGUCAGUCUGUGAAGGUCAGUGCAGUUUUACAAGUCUUCCAACUUAAGAUGUUUUCAGAACAUAAUGUUUGGGUAUCAAGUCCAAAAAAGCAGAAGACCACUCUAACUGUAUUUGACAGACCAUCACGACAUGUUAUAACAUACUGUAAUUCAUGAAUGCAUGCUUUAAUGGAUCUACAAUGUCUCUGUAGAUAUCUACAUGUAUAUAAUGUUUUGCUUUAAUACAUUUUGGGUGGAAAUAAUAUAUAGUAUAUGGCCACACUUUAUAAUUCUGUGUCUAAAGUAACUUGUUUUUUUGUUGUUCAGCAGAUAAAGUUGUUUUGAAGUGCUGAUAUGAUUUCUGUGUGCGUUUAUGUGCGCACCUCAAGUAGUACUAAUUUUACGAGGAAACAGGUGUUGAGCAAGUUAAAAGACAUGUACAGAUCACUUUAUAAGAUUUAAAAUAUUGCCAAAAUAUUGCAACGCCGCAAUAUGUUAAAACAAGGAUUUCCCUUAAGGAAACUAAGAGGAGCAGAAUAUAUUCAUACAUUUAUUAUGUAUGUUAGUGUUUCCGUGACACGUUAUGUUUCACCCACGUUUUAUUUUUUUUGCAAUUCCAUAUACGACCUUCAGUUUUUUACCCAUUGCAGUGUUACCUUGUUGCAGUAUUUAAGAGCUUCAGUUUGAGAUUGUCUGAAAAUGUUUCCUUCGUGACAUUUUUCUCGCCCAACGUUAUUGUGGAGCCUUCGCCGCGAAACCUUCAAGCAUCAUUUAGGUGCCGCUGUGAAGAGGCUGUAAGACGAGUGUGGGCAUGAAAUUCUGCUCAAACAGCAUAUUUGUACAUUAUUUUGUAAGCUGUGUGGUUGUCACAAAGACUAGGUACUGUUUUGGUCUUGUUCUGAUUUUUUUUUUUUUUUAUGGUCGAUCAUCAGUGAUGCUUUUGUUAAUUGACAGUUGCACCCUGAGAAAGGAGGAAGUGGUCAUAAGGUACGUGCCUUAUUUCUGUAUGACGUUUGAGAGGAUCAACACUGCCAAAUGCUCUACGAAGAGUCUAAAAAUGCAAAAUGUUCCGAGAAACCGUAAAAAGAACUCUGUGAAGAAAAAACACUUGUGUCAGUCUGGUAUUAAAUUGCUAUGUUGGAACAUGUAAAAAUGUUUCGUUUUUAAAACUCAUUUUGAGUUCCCGCAUUUUCUUGCCUUUGUUUUUAUAUUUGUAAAUAUAUUUUCUUCUGUAGGUUCAGCGGAGACUUAAAGAGGCCUCACAGGAUUAAAAAGCAAUGAGUAGCCGAGAUCUCGAAACUUUUACGUUUGUGUCCCGGCAGAACUCUGUAGCAGGGAGCGCAUUACUCAACCAUUUACCAGCACAACCACUUAGC